CCGACCAAUCAGCGACCGGCCCGCAUCCGCUCAAAAAAAUCGCUGAGCUCGUUCUUGCUCCUCGACAACCUUAGCUCCAAUCCUUACUUUUCUCACAUCAUACCCACAAUGGUCGGCCCUACAGCUUCACUUUCGAAUUUGCACCGGGCGGAUGGUUCUGCAUCUUACAAAUGCCCCGCCACCGGCUUCGCUGUGCUCGGUGCGGUGAAUGGACCCGUUGAGCUUCCAGCCCGUCGCGACGCUCUGAAACCCGAAGAAGCCACCGUUGAAGUAUUCGUGAAGCCUGGAAAUGCCGUUCCUGGAGUGGGUGAGAAAUAUGUGGAAGGAAUCUUGCGCGAUGUCCUGAGCACAGUCAUCCUCCGACGUGAGAAGGGACUUCCCCGUCGCGGAGUGGUUAUUACACUGGCAAUUGUCGGGGGCGAGGCCACAGAACGCGGUGACUCGUAUCUUACCCUCCUCCCGGCUCUCCUCCACGCCGCCCAACUGGCCUUGAUCUCCGCUGCCAUUCCCUUGUCCAUGACCCUCGCUACUACGUUGCUCGGUGUGACUCGAUCCGGAGAGAUCAUUCGUGACCCGUCGCCAGCAGUUGCUAAAGCUGCUACAUCAUUGCACACUAUUUCGUUCUCCUCGAAGGGGCAUUUGUUGAUGAAUGAAAGUCUGGGACGGUUCGAUUUUGACACCUGGGAAUUGGUUCGACAGCAAGCCGCUACUAUUUGCCGAGGCGCUGCCACCCCUGGCUCCGAUGGCGAUGCCGCCAUGGGCGGAACUGAUAAUGCCCAUGUGGAUGGAUUUGUUCGUGAGACAGUGGAGGACCAUCUGCACCGUGACUACAACUGGAAACUCGAGUCUAUUUGAGCCCGUGCAUCUUAUGGCUGUUGUUCCGGGGACUAGACGAACAUGGCUACAACUGACCAAACAUCGGAGUCCCAAGCGACGAGCUGCCCUUACAUUGCCGUGACCCCUU